CGUUGUGCCCAGAGUUGAGUCGUCGGGUGUGCGCGCGCGAGUUACGGCGGACGCGCAAUUGGCGAAAGAAUAUUUAUAUCGCACCAGCGCGCUUUCAUCUUUUGUCGGAAAAGUCUGGCAUUUCGUGCGAUUGUUUGCGGAGAAAACGUUUUUGUGGAACGGACGCGGUUAAAGUUCGGGCUUCGGGAGAUAGUUUUCGUCGUGGAGGAAUUCAUGUAGCUUAUCUGGGUUCUGCUGGUCCCGACGCGACUUUGGCGAAAGAGCAAACGGCCAGAUCACGAAGUAUAAAUAAAGUUCGUGACGUGCGGAUUUGUGUUGUGCGGUUGUGUCGAAUUGUGUGCUUGGGAAAAGAGGAAAAAUUUCACUUGGGAUUUUGGGGAAUAGUUUAGCGAUGGAGGCCGACGAGGUUCCGCAUCGAGUGUUACCUCGAGGUGACUUUACCCGGCUCAGCACGAUCCGGGAACGCAGCAGUCGCAGCAGCAGUGAUGACUCAGAUUUUCGCGAUCUACCGCUGCCUCCGGUACCUCCCCGGAACCGUGGGACCUCCCAGCAUGAACAAGAAGAUCCCAAAACCGCGUCGACAGAGUUUCUCUACUCGCGUAUGGAGGACUUUGACGAUGAACCUGCCGCGGCUUCCCGGGAAGAUCUUCGCGCGAUCGACAGCGAUCGUAGCACGUCCAACACCCUGCAGAAGAGCUCGUGGAGCAGCAGCUGCUCGGUAGACGAGGGCAUCCUCUAUCUGGAUGCCGGUGACGAAGACGACGAUGAUGAGGAGCGAUCUUCCGCGUACCGCGACAAAUCACCGAUCUUGCGAUCGCUCUCAACGUCACCGAGUCGUCUGCUGCAGACGCAGCAGCGGACUCAACGGCGUCGGAGAAGAACCCGCAGACGGCGAGCAGACGAAUCUUCCUGCCGUGACGAGGACUUUACUUGGGUCAACUCGUCCGCACGGGGUGAAGCACCCCGAGCCACCAUCGAUUCGGACCGUCGCUCGACGUCCCACACCACCGUUGGAGGUCGUUCCAACCGGGAGGGUAGCUCGAACGCUGCUGUACCAACCCAACCAGCAGGCUGUCCCGGCAAACCUCCACGACCUUCGCAGACGGGCAGUUUGGACCGGAGGAGGCAUUUGGGGGCGACUCGGCAUGAGCGGGACUCGAAGAGUCGGAGCACGCACUCGUUGAAGGAGAAGUCGUCGUCGUCGGAGUUCAAGCAGGACUCCCAGUCGAGCACGUUGAGCUUGAGCUCCAAGGGGAAGGGGUCUAGCAGGAGGGGUGGAACUCACGGGAAGUCGUCGGAUGAGCGAUUCUGGAACUACGACGAGGUUCAGCAAGACUCGGGAAGUUGCAAUAACUACAAUAGCAGUGGCAGUAGCCACCAGAACAAUGCCAUUGUCAACACAAGGGGUCACAGCCCGGGGAUCUGGGAACCUCCUCCACCGCCGCCGAUCUCCCACUGGGAUCCACACUACUACUGGAACUGGAAUAACCAUCACAGCCGGGAGGAACUUCGACUCAUCGACUAUCACCGACGGCAGCAGGAGCUGUACCGCUACGGUAGCAACGGAGCUCUGUCCAGCAACCAAGACCUGUCCGGAUGUUCCGGCGGUGGUGGUGGCGGUGGCGGCGGUUGCUGCAACCGUGGCUUCUACCAACCUCCUCCUCCGCCGUGCUGCUCGUGCGAACAUAACCGACCUCCGUGGUCAAAAGAUUGUCAGCGCCAAGAUACGGACGAGCGGCUGCGGCGGCUCCAGUCGGACAAGGAAGCGAUGGCGCUGCAGGUCAAGCUGCUGACCGACCAGGUCCAGCAGCAGGGCACCAAAAUCAGCGACCUGGAGCGAACGCUCUCCGACAAGAACCAGCUGCUGGCGAACGCGGACGACCUUCUGCAGCGAGUAAGCCAAUUUGCCAAAACCGUUGGCAUCCAGAUUGACAAACAAAAAGAAAUGCUGUCCCGAUCCUCGCUGGAAACGCAAAAGCUGGAGCUAAUGUCCGCGAUGAGUGAGCUGAAGCUGCAGCAGGCCGCCCUGGAGCGGGAAAAUCUGGAACUGCGGUCCAGUCUGGUCAACGGAACGCCCCUCACCAACGGAACCCUAACGAACGGGGCGAUCAACGCGCUCAACAACAACACCAUCGUGACGGCCAGCAUGCUGCGGAGGGCGAUCCCCAUGGGCACCAGCGGGGCCCGGAUGGUGUCCUCGAACUCGUCGGGAAACACCUCAAUCAAUACGUCCCCGCUGCACCACGGAAGUUACGGCAGUUUGCCGCAGUCGCAGCAGGCCACCUCACCUAGUCCCGUUACACCAAAAACCCCACCGGCGACCUACCGGCAGCGAGUGGACCUCCACUACAGCAGUCUUCCACGGCAGGCGUUCGCGACGACCCUGUCCACGACGAGCGGAUCCAGCGGCAGCGCCCAUUCCGGUCUGACCAACGGUAACGGAACGCCCACCGUUGAUGCGAACGCCAACCCCAAACAGCGCAACGUAGCAUUCGCCAACACGGAAUCGGCAUCGAGCGAUCGCACCGACGGCCAGCUCAGCACGAGCAGCCAGCGCAGCUACACACCCCAACCGUCGCCAUCGCCGUCGAUGAGCCACAAGAACCUCAAGGGUCUGCGGAACAUCUUUGGGAAGAUCAAGCGCAGCAACAGCGGAACGCUGGACGACCUGGACCCGCUGGACGGAGCGGGUAAUGGCGAGUUCAAACGGGGUGGCGUCCGGGCGACGGCAGGUCCGCGGCUGGGUUGGACCAACAGCGAGUUCCGCAAGCCGGACAAACCGUUCCGGGAGUGGAAUCUGGACACAUUGUGCCUGUGGUUCGAGCAGAUGGGGCUGGGGAUGUACGAGGAGGAGUUGCGCAAGUGGUUGAAGGUGGGAGGGGCGGCGGAACUGGCGGCGGCCUCGCCGGUUGACAUUGAGAAGGAGUUGAGUCUGAGGCAUGCGCUGCACCGGAAGAAGAUCGUGCUGGCGGUGGCGGAUGUGGCGGAGAGCGAGGAGGACGAUGGGUUGUUGAAGUGUGCGGGGAAGCUGGAUACGGCGUGGAUCCUCCGCUGGCUCGAAGACAUCGGGCUGCCCCAGCACAAGGAUAGCUUUACGGCGGCUCGCAUGGACGGUCGCAUGCUGCACAAGCUAACCAUGGACGACCUGGCCCAUCUGCACGUCAGCUCGUGCCUUCACGUGGCCAGCAUCCGGCGGGGGAUUCAGCUGAUGCGUGAGCAAAAGUGGAACCCCAACUGCUUCAUCCAGCGAGCGCCGACCGACGGAACGCCCGGCGAAACCAAAGACAACGUCCGGCUGUGGAGUUGCUCACGCGUCAUGGACUGGCUCCGGCUGCUGGACCUGUCGGAGUACGCGCCGAACCUGCGCGGAACGGGCGUCCACGGGGCGUUGAUGGUGUUUGAGGUUAAGUUCACCGCGGAGUUGUUGGCCGAACUGCUCAGCAUCCCACCGAGCAAAACGCUGCUGAGGCGACAUCUGGCGACGCACUUUAAGGAACUGCUCGGCCGGGAGAUCAUCCAGGUCAAGCGGGACGCCGAGAACACCCUAGGGUUCCAACCGCUAACGUUGGCCGCCAAAAUCAAGACGCCGAAAAAGUCGCAGUUUUCGCUGAAGCGCAAGAAGAGCUCCAAGGGCCUGACCGGGGACGAGUGGAGCGACUACGUGUGCCCGAUGGGCGACUCAGGUCAGGACCACCUUCCGCCGCACCUGCAAACGCAGCACAACUCAUCACAGUCACAGUCGUCUACUAGCAAUAAAUCCGCUGUCGUUAGUGCUACUACCAACAACACCGCCAGCAACGCUGCUACCACUACCAAUGCUACCAAUGUUACUACUGCUAGAGACAACGGCGCACAACUUGUUGCUUCUUCUUGUACUUCUUCUUCUUCUUCCUCCUCCGCCGCAAACAACAACGCCCAACAACAUCCAUCCUUCGCUGCUAACCCUAACCAUGUCACUAGCAACAACGCUGCGCUGGCUAUGACGAAGACUCCGUACUCCACGUACCAUCCCGACAGCAGCAUCAGCAGCACCAGCAGCAGCAGCACGGCCAUGACUUCCGGGCCCGGGUCCGAGGCUGUCUCUCAUCAGCAACUGCUGAGUAACAACACCGGGUCGGACUCGCCUACGUCAACGCGCAGCUCGACCACGUCCACGUCCUAGCAGCGGUUAAUCUCGGCGACCGGCGGUG